AUGGCGCCUGCAGUGGCGGAGGCAGAGGCAGAGUCGGCGGCAGAUCUUGAGAACAUUGAAGUGAAAUUGGAGGGGGGGAUUGAGGUAGAUGGAUCUUGCUGGGGUUCGGAAGGGAAAACAAAAUCUAAAGCUGUUGAAGCCUCCACCGAAGUUACUAAACCAUUGAACAUUAUUGAUGAUCCAAAAGUAACAUCAAGCCCAGGUGUGAUAAAAAGGGGUGUAGCAUCUCUUUCUUCAGCAAGUCCAGGCGUAGGGAUAUCGCCGGCGACACACGACAUUGUCCGCAAGCCAAUGCGGGCGUCCGGCACAACCGCUGCAGAUGGCUCUUGCUGCACUGCUCUGUACACCAGCGCGGCUGCUGGCCCCAGAAAGGUGGACAGCGACUGCCUGGCCUCGGUGCCGUCGCAUGCCCAGGAACAUUCUCAGUCCGCCAUGCCGGAGGAUUUGGGUCAAGUGGACUGUGAUCCGGUGGGCACGCAGGAGUUCAGCACCUUGCCUCCACUGAUGGGCGAGUCCUCUGGCAAUCUUGCACAGCAAGAGCAGCAGCAGCACCAGGAAGAAGGUGUUGCUAGUGGCAGCGAUGCAGGUGCUGCUUCUACUGCCCAUACUCCUACUCCGGAGAAGGUGGAGCCCACACCUCGGAGGUGGGGGAAGAAGUCGACCAAGGGGGUUCAGCGGCUCAAAGUGGCCAAAGAUAAAGUGAUGAAGCCCAAGGUGACCACGCCCAGUACAGUCAAGAAGAAUAAGAAGAAAAUGCCAGAGGAUGGUAAUCAACGUGUUGCUGCUGCCAGGUCUAAUAGUGCAAGACGCAAGUUGGAUUUGGAUUCAUCAGAAUGUAAAACAUGUUUCAGCAGAGCCGAGCUGAUGGGUAACUUGAAGUCCCUUGCCAAGAUUCAUGGUUUAAACAGUGAACCGACUACGCGCAAGAGCAAGAGAGGGAAGAAGAGCAAACUGAUGGUAGGACACAAGGAAAGUGGUCAGCUGGCACUUUUGCCUUACCAGGCGGCAUCCUUUGCACUUGAGCCACUUCGGUAUUCAACAGAACUUGAUAUCCCAUGCCCUCAAAAUCAUGGGAAACUGCAAGCUAAGGUUUUGGGCCUUACUGAUGAAACAUUGAGGGUGUUUGCUGUUCUGACAAAGUGGGAUAGGAGCGACAGUGAGAGUUUUGAAGGGUUUGAUAUUGGCAGCGGACCUGAAUGGGAUACAACACGGCGGCCUAGAAAAUAUUCUCAGUGGGGAGGAUCCCUAAUUGAUUCUGCGGUUGGUACUUUCCUUACACAGAAUUCUGCUGAUAAUUUAUCAAGAACUAAUUUCCUCUUUUUUCCACUUUCCUACAUUUUUCGUUCCUUAUCCAUGGAAAAUAGACAAGCUUUUAUGAACCUAGCGGCAAAGUUUCCUCCAAGGAACUCAAAUGAAGCAUUUGAUACGUUUGACUUCAUCGAUUCACAUUUUGAUGGAUACGUUGAUUCUGAGGAAGAAGUUGACUAUGAUACAGAGGUGAAAGGGCAUUAUUUUGAAGAUGAAGACUACAAUAGACUUAUAGGGAAUUUCGCUGCUAGUAUGAAGGCGAAAAACAUUUCUACUUGGAACAGUGACCUUAUGAACUUAGUGAAGGAUAAAUCUGGAAAUCCAGUAUGCACUGAAGCAAACUUGAAAAAGAUCUUAGCUUCACUACGACAACCAGACACAGCAUCUAAUUGGAAAGAGUUACGGGAGGAAGCAUAUAAAAAAAGGAUACAAGGGCAAAAGUCGAACUGA